CUGCUCCCAGUGUCCCCUCGGGGGCGACUCUGUGCAGAGCGACAUCAUGUGUUCCUCACUCUGAGUUGGAGCCUCAGGGCGGCGAUGACGCGUCUCUGAAAGAUCAUCUGCACCCGCAGACAAAAGGAUCCCACCUGCAGACGUUACCCACGUGCCCCAGCAAAGACCCACACCUCCACCCGCGCUGGUUUGGAAGAGUUACUGCGCGUCGCCAUGUCUGUGGUCAAACUCCUGUGCUGUUUGCUGCUAACGUAUCACCUCUGUGAGGGCAAGAAAAUCAAAGGAAGCAGAGCAGCGCCGCCCGACGCCAGGCAGAGGGGCCGGACGCGCGGCGGGCCGGACGUCGGGCCGGACCUCGGGCCGGGCGGCACCGCCUUCAGGCUGCUGCUGGACGGCGAGGACACCUGCACGCUGGACCCCCCGCGGCUGCACGCGCUCGCCUCCUGCGGCUUCAACGCCAGUAAUCCCCUCAUCAUCAUCACUCACGGGUGGUCGGUGGACGGCAUGAUGGAGAGCUGGGUGCUGAGGCUGGCCACCGCGCUGAAGAAGAACCUGGCGGGCGUCAACGUGGUCAUCGCUGAUUGGCUGUCGCUGGCCCACCAGCACUACCCCAUAGCUGCCCAGAGCACGCGCACCGUGGGCCAGGACGUGGCUCAGCUGCUGCGAGCGCUGCAGAAACAGCUCCAGUAUCCGGUCCGAAAGGCCCAUCUGGUUGGCUACAGCCUGGGCGCCCACAUCUGCGGCUUCGCUGGCAGCUUCCUGGAGGGUCCAGAGAAGAUCGGCAGGAUCACCGGUCUGGAUCCAGCCGGGCCGCUGUUCGAAGGCAUGUCGGCCACGGACCGGCUGUCGCCCGACGACGCCGAGUUCGUGGACGCCAUUCACACGUUCACCCACGAGCGAAUGGGCCUCAGCGUGGGCAUCAAGCAGGCGGUGGCCCACUACGACUUUUACCCCAACGGGGGAGACUUCCAGCCGGGAUGCGACCUGCAGAACAUUUACGAGCACAUAGCCCAGUACGGACUGCUGGGGUUCGAGCAGACGGUGAAGUGCGCUCACGAGCGCUCCGUCCACCUCUUCAUCGACUCGCUGCUGAACAGGGACAAGCAGAUCAUGGCCUUCCGGUGCCGGGACAACAGCGCCUUCGACAAAGGCGUCUGCCUGGACUGCCACAAGAACCGCUGCAACACGCUGGGCUACAACAUCAACCGGGUCCGCACCGGCACCGGCCAGAAGCUCUACCUGAAAACAAGGCCCCGGAUGCCUUACAAACUCUUUCAUUACCAGUUCAGGAUCCAGUUCAUCAACCAGACUGAGGGGAUGGAGCCCUCGCUCACCAUCUCCCUCACAGGAACAAAGGAGGAGAGUGGAGACCUCCGCAUCACCUUCCCAGAAAAAAUCUCUAUUAACAAGACCUACACCUUCCUAAUCACACUGGACAAAGACCUGGGCGAGCUGAUGUUGCUCAAGUUUCAGUGGGAGGGAUCGGCCCUGUGGAGGAAUGUGUGGACCCGGGUACAGACCAUCAUUCCCUGGGGCGGCCGUAAGGGAAAACCACAGCUGACUGUGGGCAGGAUCAGUGUCAAAGCAGGCGAGACACAGGAGAGGACCUCCUUUUGUGCCAUGGAAAACGACGUCCAGCGCGUGGACAUGUCGGAGGAUAAAGUGUUUGUGCGCUGUAAAGACAACACAGCCAGGCAGCACAGGAGGAAGCACCGAGGCUAGACCUCAUCCCUGACAGGCCGGCGUUCACAGCAGCACCACGUGGAGACCGCCAGUGGGAGACUACAGCUUGACGGAGAGAUGAAAAAUGGAAAUAAGUAGUUUCAUAGGAAAUGACACGAACAGAUAAACGGAACCCUAGGAACCCUGAAUAAUCCUCUCAAUGUGUCUCAGUGGUAUAAACAGUCUGAAGUUGGAUAAUUCAAUAAUGAAGCAGACAGUAAACAAAGCGAGAACUUCAAGGACCUUAUGAGAUUAACUUUGGAAAGAAUUUGAAUGCAUUUCUAAUGUGACUCAUCUCUUUAAAAGCCUGCCUUAGAUUUGAAAGUAAUGACAUAAAUACUUUUGUGGAUCAAACACAAGUCAAAGCAAUGAAGAACAAUAUUUUUAUGCAUUCUGUCUAGAUUUCUGAUUUUUUUCACCUGCACUGAGGCAGAUUCACGCUUCUGACACCAGACUAAAAAGCUGAUUCAUUCCCCCAGAAACAAACUUAGCGUGAGGAACAUUGCAGAAGCGAAAAGGCUGACUGAGUGAACACGUAGCUGCAGGGUUCAUCCUGAGAGCCAGAGCUCACGCAAACACAAAUCUGGCUCAAGCGCUGAAAUCAAGGCAGCAGUGAGUGCGAGGCAGAGGCUCCAGAGGGCAGACGGUUCAAACCGC